CAUUUCAUCGGUCGAUAAAUACUGCAGGCUAGUACCGCACUUGCUAUUUUACCGUAAGCAAUUCAAAAAAAAAACCAUUCAUUCAAAAUCAUCAGAAUUCACUUCCAGUCUGAAAGAGUCAGCGUCAUUACCAUCCGCAGCAGCAACAAUCGUACUGUACCAGCGUGCAACCACAUAAAACAAUGAAUGGAAAGGUACGAGAUGGGAGGCAAUGAUUUCAAAGUCAGUUGCUAAUCUUGCACCGUACUGCACGCACAUUUACUUUUUUGAAGUGAGCUUUGUAGAAAAAAAAACGAGAUAUCACGGCCGGCAGACCGCUAUCUGUUUAGAACAAUUUUGGCUGCCAAAAAUCAACCAUGGGGGCAGAUGUUCAUAAAGUAUAUAGUACAAGUUGAUUCCACGUUACUUCGAAUAGAUAACAGAAACAUAACAUUACUAUAUUGCAGUGCUUAUAAAUCUAGUCAAAGGAGCAAUAUUAUUGAAAAAUCAUUAGCAGCUGUGUUUAUGCAACGAUUCAAUUGUUGCCUGUAACAUGCGGAGAAAUUUGAAAAUAUUUUUGAUAUUAGUCGUAUCGUGGAUUUUGGUUGCCGUAUAUUAUUUUGAAGGAAGCUACAAAAACCGAAACCGUGCACUGCGGUUGCGCGAUAAACAAAUGGUUGUAGCAACCCCACAACAACUAGUUCACAAUUGGCAACAGAUCCAGUACAAUCCAUCCACAUCACCUAAACAGCAUGUAGUACAUAAUUCUUUGAUGCAUUUGUCUUCGCCGCGACACACAUGGGAUUAUUUUGACGAGAUAGGAUACAUACAGAAAGGUAGUUUACAGCAGGGCGAAGACCCUUACCUGCGAAAUCGAUUCAAUCAGCAAGCAAGUGACAAUUUAAAAAGCAAUCGUGAGCUUCCUGAUACUCGAAAUCCAAUGUGUCGAAAAAAAUGGACAACUCAUCUUCCACCCACAAGUGUAAUCAUAACGUUUCACAAUGAAGCUCGCAGCACACUUCUACGCACCAUAGUUAGCGUGUUGAACAGAUCACCUGAACAUUUGAUACAUGAGAUUAUUCUAGUGGAUGAUCACUCGGAUUUUGCAGAGGACGGUCAGGAAUUAGCUAAGAUUCACAAAGUCAAGGUGAUCAGAAACGAUAAACGGGAAGGUUUGGUAAGGUCACGUGUUCGAGGUGCGGAUGCAGCCGAAGCAACGGUAUUAACCUUUUUAGACAGUCAUUGCGAAUGCAAUGUCGGGUGGUUAGAGCCUUUAUUAAUCAGAGUAAAGGAAGAUACUACUCGUGUAGUAUGUCCUGUGAUCGAUGUUAUUAGUAUGGACACGUUUCAAUACAUUGGUGCUUCAGCAGAUUUACGUGGUGGUUUUGACUGGAAUUUGGUGUUUAAAUGGGAAUAUUUAAGCAAUGCAGAAAGACACGAUCGUCAAAAAGAUCCUACAAUUCCAAUUAGAACGCCUAUGAUUGCCGGCGGCUUGUUUGUGAUAGAUAAAAAAUAUUUUGAAACAUUAGGGAAAUAUGACACACAAAUGGAUAUCUGGGGCGGCGAAAACUUAGAAAUCAGCUUUCGUGUGUGGCAGUGUGGUGGUAGUUUGGAAAUAAUACCAUGCAGCAGAGUAGGUCACGUAUUCCGGAAGCGCCAUCCAUAUACAUUCCCGGGUGGUGGAAGUGGAAACAUUUUCGCAAAAAACACUCGCCGUGCUGCGGAAGUAUGGAUGGAUGACUUUAAACAGUACUACUAUGCGGCUGUGCCAUUGGCGAAAAAUAUACCUUUUGGUAACAUUGACGAGCGACUGGAACUUAAGGAACGCCUGCACUGUAAACCUUUCAAAUGGUACCUAGAUAAUGUUUAUCCUCAACUGACUAUACCUGAACAACAGAGCAAAGGCAGUCUACGACAAGGGCCAUACUGCAUAGACACACUUGGUCAUCUAGUUGAUAGUAUAGUUGGCCUCUAUCACUGCCAUGAUAGCGGAGGUAACCAGGAUUGGAUCAUGACUAAAAAAGGACAAAUAAAACAUCUCGACUUGUGUAUAACGUUACUAAACUUUUCAGUACGAUCACGUUUUAACGUUGUAAUACUGAAGUACUGUGACGAAUCAGAAAACCAACAAUGGCACAAAAGAGAAGGUGGGCUGAUACAACAUAGUAAAAUUAAUGUUUGCUUGGAUUCUCGUUACGUCAAAGAGAAAGGCAUUACAGCAGAGAGAUGCAACUCUGCGCUUGAAUCACAGCAUUGGAAAUUUUCCGCUAAGUGAAACUUCACAUUGGCGUACUAAAUCGAAUCUUUCCUGGAUGUUUUAGCAACAAUGUUCUUCAAGUACUGAAAAUUUUUGAGAAUUAGUUAACUGUUACAAAAAACAUCGAUCAAUUAUAUAAUUCAAUUCAGUAAACAUCGUGAUUGUACAUUCCAAAUAAA